UCCGGUGAGAGGCUUUAAACGCUGACCGUAACGUUCGUGUAACUGUGUGUGGGGAGAUUGGGCUCGCUCAAUAGUGGUCACGAUUAUGUCUUACAGGCUUGCCUAGAGUAGUGAGACAUGGCUGAAAUAAUCGCCGUCAACGCCGGUUUGCCUUCACCGUCCACUAUAAACGUCACCUUCCCGAUCCAGGAGGACGCCAGCGCCGCUGCUGCCGCGCCCGCAGCCUCCCUGAGCAGCGAGGACUAUCUAUUUGUGGAGUCCAGGCACCCCAACACUGUCCUGCAGGGCCUCAACAGCCUGCGGCUCAACAAUGCCUUCUGUGAUGUGACCCUGUGCUGUGGAGGACAGGAGUUCCCCUGCCAUCGCAUCGUGCUGGCCUCCUUCAGCUCCUACUUCCAGGCAAUGUUCUCCACUGACCUGAUCGAGUCCAAACAGGAGCGUGUUGCCAUCAAUGGUGUUGAGCCUCAGAUGAUUGGCAUGCUGGUGAGCUACGCCUACACAUCAGAGGUCUACAUUUCUAAAGCAAAUGUUCAGGCUCUGCUGGCAGCAGCCAACCUGCUGGAUGUGAUGGCUGUUCGAGAGGCCUGUUGUCAAUUUAUGGAGCGUCAGAUGGAUGAGAUGAACUGUGUGGGGAUUCACUGCUUUGCCGAGGCCCAUUCUUGUAAGGUGCUGGAGAAACGCAGCAUGGACUACAUUCACGAGCACUUCACCAGUGUUUCUCAGCAGGAGGAGUUUCAGUCUCUGUGCGUGGACAAGCUGACAGAAAUCAUUGCCAGUGAUCAUCUCAACGUGCCUCAAGAGGAGAUGGUGUUUGAGGCCGCCAUGUCAUGGCUGAAUAAAUGUAGCUCUCGCAAACAGAGCUUUGAAAAGGUCCUCGAACAUAUCCGGCUGCCUCUCAUCAGCCCCUACUACCUCCACGAUGUGAUCGAGUCUCUGGAUGUGGUGAAGGAGAACCAGGGAUGCCAGAAGCUCAUCUCUGAGGCCAAGGACUACCUGCUGCUAAAGGACCGCCGUGGAGAGCUCUACUGCCCCAGAGCGAGGCCGCGCAGAUCCACAGGGACAGCUGAAGUGAUAGUGACAGUUGGCGGGGAGGACGACAAGGUGGUGCUGCGCAGCGUGGAGAGCUUCGAUCCUGUGACGAACCAGUGGAAGAAUCUGGCCUGCCUGCCCUUUGCCGUGAGCAAACACGGGCUGGUCGUGUCAGACUCCACUCUGUAUUUGGCGGGAGGAGAGUUUCCUGAUGGCUCAGCCAGCAGGGAGAUGUGGCGCUACGACCCCUGCUUCGACUCCUGGAUGGAGAUGGCGCCCAUGAAUGUCGCUCGCUCUGAGCUAGGCCUGGUGAUGCUGGACGGCUUUGUGUAUGCGGUGGGAGGGUGGGAGGGACGCUCUCGUCUGGACUCUGUGGAGUGCUACAACCCUCACACCAACUCCUGGCAGUUCACAGAGUCUGUCAAGAUGGCCGUCACGAGUCCUGCCGUGGUGGCCCUGGAUGGACUGCUUUAUGUUACUGGUGGUGCAGUUCUGGAGGACGGCGACGGCACAGACCUCGCUCAGGUGUACAACCCUAAAACUUGUGUGUGGACAGAGGUUGCCCCCAUGCAGAUCGCUCGUUCCGGCUCGGCUGCUUGCACGCUCAAAGGAAAGAUUUAUGUCAUAGGUGGAUGGCAUGCCUCGACAGAGAACACGGAUAAGGUGGAGUGUUUCAACCCCAAGACUAACGAGUGGACCAUGUGCGCCCCCAUGAAGGAACGACGCUAUCGGCCCGGUGCUGCUGUGGUGGAUGGAAAGAUCUACGUCCUGGGAGGAGAGGAAGGCUGGGACAGAUAUCACGACACUAUCGAGAGGUACUGUGACGAGACAGACACGUGGGAGAUCGUCGGGGAGAUGCCCACCAGUCGCAGCUGGCUCAGCUGCGUGUCCCUCCAACUCAGGAAGGACCUCCACAUGAACAGCUUUCCCGGGACGCCAAAUGACAACUGAGCGAGGGUGUCAGGGAGGAAAACUUCCGUGGUUAUUUUUUACACCCUUGUUUGGGGACGAUGCACUACAAAGCUCAGAGCUGACGAGAACAGCAAACUGAGAAGGAACGCCUGGGAUUUGGCACAGAGCUGUUUGAACUGUUACCGGCAAGUGGUUUUUUUUUAAAGGAGUGCUUGUGGAACGAGUCUGCUCUCUCGGGUCCCAUCUUUUGGCAUGGUGACAAAGGAAAUGUCAUGCGUGAAUCUCAAGUGACAACUGCUGACUGAGUCGUCAGUCUGACAGCGGCCUAAGCUCACUCUCCAUCUGAUGUGAAGUUGUUUAGGGUACUGUUUUAAUGUCCGAGCGCCUCAGAUCUGUGAAGGUUUUCUCAGCCAACAUAGUGUAUUUUUGUAUUAUGUGCCGUAUUUAUUGGGGUGUGACUAGCUGUGAGAAGGAUAUUUUAAAAAAAUGAUAAACAUUUCACUCUAUGAAAAGAUGCUCUGUGGGCCAAAGAAUCUACCUGUCAAUAUUUUAGAGGUCACCUGUGAAGAAGUCGUCUAUACGUGAGCGACGUUUUGUAACUACACUUUGUACGUUCUGAAUGAUUGUCUUUGCUACAUGUAAUAUGUUGAGUAUAUUUUUGUAACGUAGUGUGCGUCAUGCAUUUUAGUGAAUUUUAAAUGGAGUGGGUUCUAAUAAAAAUGUUUAAUUCUUUA